AUGACAAAAGAUCGAUUUGUAGAAAUACUAUCUAAUAUUCACGUCAAUAAUAAUGAAAAUAUUCCUCAGAACAAUAAAGACAAAUUGUUCAAAUUACGUCCUAUGAUAGAUAGUUUGAACCAAAUAUUUUUGAAGUCUUCUUCUGGAACUCGUGAACUUAGUGUCGACGAGUCUAUGAUUAAAUUCAAGGAUUGCAACCAGAACGGAUAUAUUAUGAAAUUUUCGGUGUACCAAGGAAAAAACGAAACGUUAGAAAAGCAGUUCGAGAACACUAAUUUGGGAGAAAGAAUUGUAUUGCAGUUGACAAAACCAUUUUGGAACGAAUCUAGACUUGUAUUUUUCGAUAACUAUUUUACAACUAUUCCACUCCUGGAAAAGUUGAAAACGCAACAUACACUAGCGUGUGGUAUUGGAAUCUUCAAAUGGAAAGAUAACAAAGUGGUACAUAUUGCGUCAAACUAUCACGGUAACGAAAAAACAUAA